AUGCUGCGCGCGCCGACGACGCUCCGCUCGCUCCUCAGCGCGCGCCGCGCCGCGUCCGCCGCGCGCGUCGCGCCGUCGUCGCCGUCGUCGCCGUCGUCGUCGCCGUCGCUCGCGCGCCGCCGACUUUUCAGCACGUCGCAAAUCCGCGCGGGGCCGGCGGCGGCGUCCGCGGGCGGCGGCCGCUCGACGACGACGACGUCCCCGGACCGCGCGUCGUCGGACGGCGCGCGGAAGAAGAUGAUCGACCUGCAGCCGCCCAAGGGGACGCGCGACUUCGCCCCCGAGGAGAUGCGCGUGCGGAACUGGCUGUUCGGCCACUUUCGCGACGUCGCGCGGACGUUCGGGUUCGAGGAGUGGGACGCGCCCGUGCUCGAGACCGAGGAGCUGUACGUCCGCAAGGCGGGCGAGGAGAUCACGACGCAGCUGUACAACUUCGAGGACAAGGGCAACCGGCGCGUCGCGCUUCGACCGGAGCUCACGCCGAGCUUCGCGCGGCUCAUCUUGCAGCAGGGGAAAUCGCUCGCGCUCCCCGCCAAGUGGUUCGCGAUCGGUCAGUGCUGGCGGUACGAGCGCAUGACGCGCGGGCGAAGGCGCGAGCACUACCAGUGGAACAUGGACAUCGUCGGCGUCGACGGCGUGGAGGCGGAGGCGGAGCUCCUCGCGGCGAUCGUGGAGUUUUUCACGCGGCUCGGCAUCACGUCCGCGGACGUCGGCCUCAAGGUGUCGUCGAGGAAGGUGCUCCAAGCCGUGCUGACGCGGUACGACGUCCCGGAGGCGUCGUUCGCGCCCGUCUGCGUCGUCGUGGACAAGAUCGAGAAGCUCCCGCGCGAGAAGAUCGUGGAGGAGCUCGCCGGGUUGGGCGUGACGGAGGACGCCAUCGACGGCAUCCUCGCGGCGAUGGAGAUGAAAACCAUCGACGACCUGGCCGCGUUGCUCGGCGCCGACGCCGACGCGGUGAAGGAUCUCACGACGCUCUUCUCGCACGCGGAGGCGUACGGGUACGCGGACUGGCUCGUCUUCGACGCGUCCGUCGUCCGAGGGUUGUCGUACUACACCGGCGUCGUGUUCGAGGGGUUCGACCGCGCCGGGGAGCUGCGAGCGAUCUGCGGCGGCGGUCGGUACGACAAACUUCUCGGCGCGCUCGGCGGCGAGGACCGAUCGAUGGUCGGGUUCGGGUUCGGCGACGCGGUCAUCAUGGAGCUCGUGAACGACCGCGGCUUGCUUCCCGAGUCGCUGAAGACCGGGUGCGUGGACGACCUCGUGUAUCCGAUGACCGCGGCGCUGCGGCCGGCGGCGAUGGCGAUCGCGGCGAGGCUUCGAAAGGCGGGGCGGCGGGUGGAUUUGGUGAUCGAGGACGGGAAGAAGCCGAAGUGGGUGUUCAAGCACGCGGAGCGGAGCGGCGCCGCGAGGGUCGUGCUGCUGGGGGAGAAGGAGUGGGCGGAAGGGAAAGUGCGAGUGAAGGAUCUCGCGAGUCGCGAGGAGACGGACGUCGAUCCGGAGUCGCUGUGCUAG